AAUUAGCAUCUUUUGCAAUUUUUUCAAUUUUUAAUGAAUUUGGAUAAAGGUAUCCUAAUUGGGUUUGGCGAAUUCAUAACCAGCAAAGUGUUUGAUCAAUUUGUGUGACACCUUCACGGAAAGAAUUCAAUUGAAGAAGAUUAGCACACCGGGGAGGAGAGUUAUGAUACUGCAGAGCACAGCUAUGGUUGCAGUGAGGCCACUGUGUUUGGCUUCCAACUCCAAAACCAACACCGAGCAGCUCCGUACCCAGCUUGACCACCUUCGUAUGGAAGCCGACACUACCAGAGCUAAAGCAAAUAGUUCAAGGUCGAGAUUGAUGAGAUUAUCCGAGGCUGCAGAGAAGCUUACAAGGCAAGCAGCUAUUAGUGUUAACUCUGGGAAGGAAAAUGAGGCAAGGGAACUGCUUUUACAGAAGAAGAAGGUUUUGCAAGCUCUAGAAAGGUCAAAGAGUCGAAUUGAGUUGCUUAAUGAGCUCUCCACAAAACUUAAUGAGGCAAUAUCCGUAAAAGAAAGCUUGCUAAUUGGGAAUAUUGCUGAUCUCGAGGUCAAUGGUGAAGAUGCUUCUGGUCCAGUUCGGAUUGUAUCUCCUAAGGAAGAGGUCGUAGUUGACAAAGAUGAGGAUGAAUACACAGAUAAUAAACUCAACGGUAGCAGCAAUAAAGACGUGCAGUUGCAUACAGAUGCUGAAGCGAGCCUGCAAGCUGCUGAAGAUCUAGGAAUUCUCAGAAAGGAUGUUCUUGGCGAAGAUGGCAAGAUCAUAGGCUUAGACAGCAUAUCCUCUUAUGAAGAUUUCUUGGAACAUAUAGAUCUACAGCUCAACAGAAUUGAAUCAGAACUUGUCGUAAUUUUGAAUGUGUCAACCUUGUUACUUAGUGACGAGGAUAAGCCAAAAAACUCAAAAGUACAACAAACGUUAGAGCUUCUUGAAAGUGUACGUGCCGUAAGAAACAGGGUUGACAAAAUUAUGCAUGAAAAGUAGAGAUGACAUGAAUCCUUGCCAUAACUUCCUCUGGCAGGUUAGUUUUUGCCUGAAGUAAAUUUAUUAUGUAGUACAGUAGUAGUAAUUCUUUGUCUACAAUGUGCAGAAAAAUACACUAACUUAGCUAAAGAGAGUAAACAGAAACAAUUAAAAUCUUCAUCUUAAUAAUGGUUAAUUUACAGAAGUGUUCCCUCAGAAAGCAGGAAGAAUCAUUUUUUUUUAUUUUGAUGUUGUUUAGUUGCAGCAAUCUUUCUUGCUAUUUCUAAAACUUCAAAAUGUCUGCAUUUGGCCUGUCUUAUGCUCUUUCCACACUGUGGCCCCUUUCAAAUUUUUCAAUCAGAACCCAACGUUAUGGUUUUUCUUCUCAUGUUUGCAAGAUUCCUAGGGUACUACUGGAGUCAAUUAAUUAAUUUCCUUAUGCGCAGAGCGCCAUUUUUUAAUAUAACUUGCACAAUGUUUUAGCUAUGUUGUAGACAUGCUGUUAUUUGUUCAAGUUUCCAACAUGGCAUAGAGGAGGGACUAUCUGACCUGGAUCAAAAUAUUUUAUUAUUGAUGUGGAUAGUUAUUAUGUGUUCUAACUAGGACGUAUAGUAGGGACUAUUUCAUCCUGGAUCAGUGAAUCAAAUUAUUUUCUACAAGCUCUUUUUGGAAAAAAGAACGAAAAGGAAUUAUUGUCAGGGAGGAAAUUCAUCACCAUGUGGCACCUAUUGGCAUAUGGUCAGUUGGGUGCAUCCACAAGUUGCAACUGGAAAAGCCAGAAGUUUUCUUCUAGGUCCGGCUCUCAACAAGUUAUCAAAGGGAACUGCCCGGUCAGUAAGCAGAUAGGACUUAUGAAAGGGAAUAUCAGGGACUUAUGUUUGAUUCAUGAAAUGGAAUAAUACGGAAUAGAAUAGAAACGGAAUAGUCAUUUUUACUUUUCGAAAAGAGUAUUUAUUCCACAAAAUCAUGGAAUUGCUAUUCCAUGAACCAAUAUAAAGAAUAAACAUAGUCUUAGACGGAAAUUGGGAUAAGGGUGCUAGAGAAAAAGGAGUUAUGGUUGAAAAGAUAGAAGUCCUUUUGGCAAACUUUCAUGGUGGUUCAGAUCUUUGUGUACUGUACACUAAUCAGUUCCUAUUUGGUAGCAAAGGGUCCUCAGAAAUAUUAUUGGGAACGUAUGACAUGAAGAGAAAAUAUAAUUUUGAACUUGGAGAAAUAGAUAUCCAAAUUAGUAGUUUGCUAGUUGGAUUAACAUGGUAUAUAUAUUUUUAGAUAAAUAUUGAAACUUUCUAUUAAUAAUAAUCAAUAAGUAUUUCACUCCCUGAUUAUUUUGAAUCA